GACCAUGCGCCGCUGAGCCGGGCGAGCCGAGCCCACCGAGUCGCGCGGCCCCUCGGAGCGCAGCGCAGCGCCAGGCGGGCGGCGCCGCGGCCGCACGCACCGACCAGCGACCCCCCGGGCGACGCGCGGGGCCCGGGAGCGCGAUGACCCCGGCGCGCGGGGCCCGGGGCGCGCUGGCCGGCCCGCUGCGGGCGCUCUGCGUCCUGGGCUGCCUGUUGGGCCGCGCCGCCGCCGCGCCGUCGCCCAUCAUCAAGUUCCCUGGAGAUGUCGCCCCCAAGACGGACAAAGAGCUGGCUGUGCAAUACCUGAACACCUACUACGGCUGCCCCAAAGAGAGAUGCAACCUGUUUGUGCUAAAGGACACACUGAAGAAAAUGCAGAAGUUCUUUGGGCUGCCCCAGACUGGGGAGCUUGACCAGAGCACCAUCGAAACCAUGCGGAAGCCACGCUGUGGCAACCCUGAUGUGGCCAACUACAACUUUUUCCCCCGAAAGCCCAAGUGGGACAAGAACCAGAUCACAUACAGGAUCAUUGGCUACACACCUGAUCUGGACCCUGAGACAGUGGAUGAUGCCUUUGCUCGUGCCUUCCAAGUCUGGAGUGAUGUAACUCCGCUGCGGUUUUCUCGUAUCCACGAUGGAGAGGCUGACAUCAUGAUCAACUUUGGCCGCUGGGAGCAUGGAGAUGGAUACCCCUUUGAUGGCAAGGACGGGCUCCUGGCUCAUGCCUUUGCCCCGGGCCCUGGUGUUGGGGGAGACUCCCACUUUGAUGACGAUGAGCUGUGGACCCUGGGAGAAGGGCAAGUGGUCCGUGUGAAGUAUGGGAAUGCCGACGGAGAGUACUGCAAGUUCCCCUUCCUGUUCAAUGGCAGAGAGUACACCAGCUGCACAGACACUGGCCGCAGUGACGGCUUCCUCUGGUGCUCCACCACCUACAAUUUUGAAAAGGAUGGCAAAUACGGCUUCUGCCCCCACGAAGCCCUGUUCACCAUGGGUGGCAACGCUGACGGACAGCCCUGCAAGUUCCCGUUCCGCUUCCAGGGCACCUCCUACGACAGCUGUACCACGGAGGGCCGCACGGACGGCUACCGCUGGUGUGGGACCACGGAAGACUAUGACCGCGACAAGAAGUAUGGCUUCUGCCCCGAGACCGCCAUGUCCACUAUUGGUGGGAACUCGGAAGGCGCCCCCUGUGUCUUCCCCUUCACCUUCUUGGGCAACAAGCAUGAGAGCUGCACCAGCGCGGGCCGUAGCGAUGGGAAGGUGUGGUGCGCCACCACGGCCAACUAUGAUGAUGACCGCAAAUGGGGCUUCUGCCCCGACCAAGGGUACAGCUUAUUCCUGGUCGCAGCCCAUGAGUUUGGCCAUGCAAUGGGACUGGAGCACUCUGAGGACCCUGGAGCCCUGAUGGCACCCAUUUACACCUACACCAAGAACUUCCGUCUGUCCCAUGACGACAUCAAGGGCAUUCAAGAGCUCUAUGGGGCCUCCCCUGAUGCUGGCACGGGCACUGGCCCCACCCCAACUCUGGGACCUGUCACUCCUGAGAUCUGCAAACAGGACAUUGUCUUUGAUGGCAUCUCUCAGAUCCGUGGGGAGAUCUUCUUCUUCAAGGACCGGUUCAUUUGGCGGACAGUGACACCACGGAACAAGCCCAUGGGGCCCCUGCUGGUAGCCACAUUCUGGCCUGAGCUCCCGGAAAAGAUCGAUGCUGUGUAUGAGGCCCCACAGGAGGAGAAGGCUAUAUUCUUUGCAGGGAAUGAGUACUGGGUGUACUCAGCCAGCACCCUGGAGCGAGGGUACCCCAAGCCGCUGACCAGCCUGGGGCUGCCCCCUGACGUUCAGCGCGUGGAUGCUGCCUUUAAUUGGAGCAAGAACAAGAAGACCUACAUCUUUGCCGGAGACAAGUUCUGGAGAUACAAUGAAGUCAAGAAGAAGAUGGAUCCUGGCUUCCCCAAGCUCAUCGCAGAUGCCUGGAACGCCAUCCCGGAUAACCUGGACGCCGUGGUGGACCUGCAAGGCAGUGGUCAUAGCUACUUCUUCAAGGGUGCGUAUUACCUGAAGCUGGAGAACCAAAGUCUGAAAAGCGUGAAAUUUGGAAGCAUCAAAUCCGACUGGCUGGGCUGCUGAGCAGGCUCUGGCUCCCCCAGGCCCUGCCCCCCCACAUUGCCUUCUGCACACCGGGCCCUGAGCGCCAGGGAAGGACCCGGAUGGGCCUGGCAGCCUUCAGCUCUGUAGUUAAAUGGGCGUGCUCACCCCUCCCUGGUAAUUUAAGAUUCUGGAGAGUGGCUCUGCCCUGUGCCCAAGGAACGGUGCUGAUUGUACCCCUCCCAACUGCCCUCACCCCCCCCACCCCGUAUCCCACCAGCCCCCCAGAGCCACCCCCAAAGAGAUGCCUUGAUAUUCUCAAUGCAGCCCUGCCUUGGGCUGCCUUGGUGCUGUCACACACUUCAGGCUCUUCCCCUGCCACGAUUUUCUGUGGCUCACAGCACCCUCGGAGCCAACAGACAGAAACUGUCUCAAGAGGGCACUGGUGGCCUGACAGCCCGGGCGUGGCAUGGGGCAGUGGGACAGGGGCGCGGAUGUGGCCGCCCCACACACCUGGCUUCUCACUGCUGGCUGCCUUAGGACCUCUCCUACAUUAGCAGUUUGCUUUGUAUGCACUUUGUUCUUUUCUUUCGAUGUUUAUUUUUCCACUUUGUGAUUGAAUUUCUUGACCGAAGGACUCAGGUUGUCUGAAGUCACUCCACGAUGCAUCUCAGCCCACAUAGGGAUGGUUCUCUUGUUCCAUCUAUUUAGUACAGCCCUCCCCCAUCCAUUCCUCCACUGGCUGGAGGAAAAAGCCAGCCUCGGCUCCCCGCUCAGCCCCGCCCCCUCCCCUUCAACAGUUCCCCAUGGGAAAUGUCAACAGAGUAUGAAUAAAGACACCAAUUGA